AUAAUGGUGGUUAUAACUCGUAAAUGAUUUACUCGAUUAUCAAGAUCUAUAAAUCAUUUGAUUCGCCAUAUUUUUUCCCGAUUAAAGUUGCGGCUAAAAUUUACAGACUAAAUCUUAAGCUAAUCUCCCAUAAGUAUACAUAUUUAGAGGUUUUAUUAGAAAUAAAAAUGCAAUAAAUUAAUGUCUUAUAAUUUUGAAGUUAUUUUAAUUAUUUUAUGUCAAAAGUCACACAAUUUUUCCUCCGAACAAGAAUCUAAUUAAAUAAUGGAACCUGAUUGCAUUGAAGGUACUUCAUAUUUAAAAGACCAUCAAUGCAAAAUCUUAAACUUUCGCACCCAAACGGAAUAUCUCCUACAAAACGCAAUUUUAAUGACCGAAAUGGGAAUGAAUAUUAAAGAUAAAUGCGCUUCCAGCGAACGAUACGUUUCAUAUUUGCGAAAUUUGACCGCAAAAGCGGCUAAAAACGUGUCAACUUUACAAUCAACAAGCAAAAAUUUUUUACUUCUCGCCCAAAAAUUGGUUUGUACCGUAAUAGCUUUAAUAGACAAUGUCCCUUUAUCAGUAAACGAUCAGUCUUGUUAUAACAUUAAAAUUGAAUUUGAAAAGUUAUUGGGUGUAAUUGAGAAGGAAUUGGUCGAUAUUGAAGUUGAAGCGAUUGAAACUACUCCGAAUAUUAAUAAUUUGAUUGAAAAGAUUAAAUAUUUAGAAGCUAAACAGAAAAUGUCCGAUAAUAAUUGUUUGCAGAGAACCGCGAGUGUUAAAAGUGUUAAAUCUGACGUGGACGAAAAGUACCCGGAAAAUUUAUCGAGGGAAUCCCUAAUUGAUUUAAACACCGUUGUUAAUUUACCGCCGGUUCCCGAAGAUAUUUUCACGACUUGCUCGAAUAAACCAACGAGAACAUCAAGUUUAUCUUCAUUAAAAAGUAUGAGGAAGGUAAAAUUGUUUUUACAAAGAGCGGCUAAUCAUUCGGACGAUGAAGAUUUAAGUUCUGACACUGAAGAACACGAAUUUCCAAAAAUUGCAAUUGGAGAUUCACUUGAUGAUAAAACUACUACUUUUGCAAUACCCAAAAAGCAAUUGGGAAAUAUUAAAGAAGAAUCACAAUACUAAAGAAAACUUUUUCGAAAUGAUUUUUUAUUACAAUUUUGUAGUCAUAAAUAAUAGAAAUGCUUAUAUU